ACAAUGGCAAGCUUCACUUCCUCCGUUUCUCGUCUUACUCUUCUUCUCAAGCCUUCAGUCGCAGCCAUCUCCACUGCGCCUAUCUAUGGUCUUCCCCGGAUGAGUAAGAGAAUCAGUGGAGUUAAAUGCUCGAUGGAGACUAAGCAGCCAAAGCAAGAGAAGAGCUCAACGGCGGGUACGUCUGCGGUUGCGGUUGUGUUAACCGCGGUGAUGAGCAGCCCAGCAAUGGCAUUGGUGGACGACAGGAUGUCUACGGAAGGAACAGGACUACCUUUUGGUCUAAGCAAUAACCUUUUGGGUUGGAUUCUGUUUGGUGUGUUUGGUUUGAUCUGGGCUCUUUACUUUACCUACACUUCUUCCCUCGAUGAGGAUGAGGAUUCUGGGCUUUCCCUCUGA